CAAAUCUGGAUUUUUUUUCCCAGAACUCUGGGACCUUCGUCAGAACUUCGCAACAGUAACAGCAGCAUCACAACAAACAGCAGUCGGCAAACCAGCCAUGCUCACCUGCUCGCUCAUUCACUCAACAUCAGAGAGCCACCAACAAACGCCACUACGCCUCACCUCAGAAGUGCCAUGAUCCCACCCUUUCUUAUUGGAAUUUUCACCCUCGUCAUCAUCCUCACCCUGUCACUUUACUAUCGCCCUUUCACUUUCCCUUCCUCAACCCAGAGAACCCCAUCACCACCACCUCCCCACAACUCCAACACCACCAGAAAAACCCAACAACCCGAACAACUACCACUGUCCCUGAAGAACCAGAACCAGAACCAGAACCAGAGAAAGAGCUCGAACCUCCCAAAAUGACCCGCAAGAAGAAAUCCAAAGCCCACAAGCUCAACCUCCAGCGCGGUUUUCCCCCCAAGAGACCAGCACCGCCGCAAUCGCUCCCCCCACGACCACCAGGCCCGAUCCCGUCCAUCGAAACGCCCACCGGUCUGGCACUGGCUCGAUCUCUGGUUCCAGCUCCAGCUCCAGCUCCCGCCACACCGG